AUGGCUGCCGUCCCCCGCGAUGCCAACCUCUCCGGAUCCGCCUCCCCCGCCAGUCCACACUCCUCCACCGGCCAGAUUCCUCUCGAACAACCCCCCAAACUCAAGGGUCGUCGGAAACUGCUCCAGAGUCUUCAGCGCAUCUCCUCCAGUCCCGCCCUGACCCGACGUGGUCGUUCCGCCUCCGCCGGAUACCGCCAGAAUGGAAAGGCCUCACUGUCCUGUGUCUCGCUGUCCCAAACCGCGUACACCCCGUGCCUGGGAAACGGGAGCUCCGCUCAGCUUUAUGGCGGCUUGAACGCGAACCCCACGGCCCCCGGAGUCACCAGCACCCCGCCCGAGCCUCACGAUGAGAAUGCCCGCAUCCGCCUGGUCGGUUCCGAAUCAUCCUCCCGGGUCAUCCGUCUGCCCACCGAGGUGAGACCAGGUUCCCGAGGGUCACCGUCGGCGCCCGACGUAUCCGAAGACCUCACCCCCCAGCCGUCCACGUCCCAGCCCAAGAAGCCUUUCGAUUUCUGGGCGAGCAUGCCCAGCGAGCUUAAGGUGCUCAUCUUCCACUACCUCACCCCCAAGGAGAUCGUGCGAUGCUCGGCGGUCUCGAAGAAGUGGCACAAGAUGUGCUAUGACGGCCAGCUGUGGACCACGAUCGACACCACCGAUUACUAUGGCGAUGUCUCGAGUGACGGCCUUGUUAAGAUCAUCACCGCCGCCGGUCCCUUCGUCCGUGACCUCAACCUCCGCGGCUGUGUCCAGCUGAGGGAUAAGUGGCGCUCCGAAGGCGAGCGGAUGACGGACCUCUGUCGGAACAUCGAGCGGUUCUCCCUCGAGGGGUGUCGCAUCGACAAGACCUCCAUGCACUGUUUCCUCUUGCGCAACCCACGUCUGCAGUACAUCAACGUAUCCGGCCUCUCCAGCGUGACGAAUUCCGCCAUGAAAAUUGUCGCGCAGGCCUGCCCCCAGCUGCAGGUCUUGAACGUGUCCUGGUGCACCAGUGUCGAUACCGCGGGCCUGGCGAAGGUCAUCGAAGCCUGCACUCACCUCAAAGACCUCCGCGCGAGCGAGAUCCGCGGAUUCGACGAUGUCGACUUCGCCUUGGAGCUGUUCGAGCGGAAUACCCUGGAACGCCUCCUGGUGAGUCGCACCGAUCUCACCGACAAGAGCCUGCAGGCCCUCAUGCACGGUCUCGACCCGGAGAUGGAUGUGCUGGACGAACGGGCUCUCGUCCCCCCGCGCCGGCUCCGACACCUCGACCUCCACCGGUGCGCCGCGUUGACCGACGACGGGGUCAAGAGUCUCGCCCACAACGUCCCCCACUUGGAGGGCCUCCAGCUCUCCCAGUGCUCCGAGCUGACGGACGAGUCGGUCACGGCGGUCAUCAAGACCACGCCCCGCCUUUCACACCUGGACCUCGAGGACAUCGAACACCUCUCCAACAACACUCUCGUCGAGUUGGCCAAGGCUCCGUGCGCCGACCACCUCGAGCACCUCAACAUCAGCUACUGCGAGAGCAUGGGAGACGUCGGCAUGCUGCAGAUCAUGAAGAGCUGCCCCGCCCUGCGUUCGGUCGAGAUGGACAACACCCGGGUCUCCGACCUCACCCUGAUGGAGGCCAGCCUCCGCAUCCGCCGACGCGGCUACAGCGAAGAGCUGCCGCGGGUGGGCUUGCGGCUGGUCAUCUUCGACUGUGCCAACGUGACCUGGGCUGGCGUCAAGGAGGUUCUGUCCAGCAACGCCUACGUCCCGCGUGUGCGCAAAUCCAUGCAGGCCGUCUCCGUCGUGGCCCAGACGGUCCUACCCGACCAGCCCGCAGCCGCCCCGGCUGUAAUCACCUCGUCCAUCACCCCGCCCCCGUCGCCCCCGUUGUAUCCCAGUGCGGUCAUCCAGCUCAAGUGUUUCUACGGAUGGCAGAUGACCGUAGACGAGCACAACAAGCGCGUCCUGCGGGGAGAUCUCGCCGCGGCCAGCCGCCUGGAUCGCAAAUGGGCCGACUACAUGAUCGCCCAUGAGGAGGCUGGCACGGCGGGAGCCGGUGCCCGCCGACGACGGCGCCGCGCCCACGCAGCCGAGCAAGUCUACGAGCAAGACGAGGAAGCCGAUGGCGGCGAAGGAAACCCGGCCGGGGGGGCUCGACGCCGACGAGCGCAGAGUAGCGGUAGUUCCUGCGUCAUUAUGUGA